CAGAAUUGCAUUUAGAAAGACCUUUCAUAUUGUGAGCUAAUGUUGUUGCACAUUUAUAACAGUAUGAUUUCUCCCCAGUGUUACCAUGUCUGAUUUAGAAGAUCAUGGAGGACAUCAGGAAGAUGAAGAUGAGGAGCAGGGAGAAGGAGAAGAACGCCCCAAAUACAAGUCACUGGUCACACAGCAUGCUGCUCCAAAAAUCCCUGAAGGAGAAAGGGUCGACUUUGAUGAUAUCCACAGGAAAAGGAUGGAGAAAGAUCUUCUGGAGCUGCAGACUCUGAUUGAUGUCCACUUUGAGCAGAGGAAGAAAGAGGAAGAGGAGCUGAUUGGACUCAAAGAAAGGAUUGAGAACCGACGGGCAGAAAGAGCUGAGCAGCAGCGAGUGAGGGCUGAAAAAGAGCGGUACAGACAGACACGGAUUGCGGAGGAGAGGCAGAGGAAGGAGGACGAAGAGGCAAAAAAGAGGGCGGACGAUGAAGCCAAGAAGAAGAAAGUGCUCUCUAACAUGGGCGCUCACUUUGGAGGGUUCCUGGCCAAGGUAGAGCAGAGGCGAGGAAAAAAGCAAACUGCGAGGGAAAUCAAGAAGAAGACUCUGGCUGAGCGCCGUAAGCCACUGGCUAUAGAGACCCUGAGAGAGGACGGUCUGAGAGAGAGAGCGAAGGAGAUGUGGGAGUGCAUCUACCAGCUGGAGUCGGAGAAAUUUGACCUGACAGACAAAAUGAGGAGGCAGAAGUACGAGAUAAACGUUCUCCUCAACAGAAUCCAACACGCUCAGAAAUUGUGA